AUGACCAAGUAUAAGGGAUGGCAGCCCCCAUCACCAAGUCUUGGUAUAACCAAGUAUAAGGGGUGGCAGCCCCCAUCACCAAGUCUUGGUAUGACCAAGUAUAAGGGAUGGCAGCCCCCAUCACCAAGUCAUGGUAUAACCAAGUAUAAGGGGUGGCAGCCCCCAUCACCAAGUCUUGGUAUAACCAAGUAUAAGGGGUGGCAGCCCCCAUCACCCAGUCUUGGUAUAACCAAGUAUAAGGGGUGGCAGCCCCCAUCACCCAGUCUUGGUAUAACCAAGUAUAAGGGAUGGCAGCCCCCAUCACCAAGUCUUGGUAUAACCAAGUAUAAGGGAUGGCAGCCCCCAUCACCCAGUCUUGGUAUAACCAAGUAUAAGGGGUGGCAGCCCCCAUCACCAAGUCUUGGUAUAACCAAGUAUAAGGGAUGGCAGCCCCCAUCACCAAGUCUUGGUAUAACCAAGUAUAAGGGGUGGCAGCCCCCAUCACCCAGUCUUGGUAUAACCAAGUAUAAGGGAUGGCAGCCCCCAUCACCAAGUCUUGGUAUAACCAAGUAUAAGGGGUGGCAGCCCCCAUCACCCAGUCUUGGUAUAACCAAGUAUAAGGGAUGGCAGCCCCCAUCACCAAGUCUUGGUAUAACCAAGUAUAAGGGGUGGCAGCCCCCAUCACCCAGUCUUGGUAUAACCAAGUAUAAGGGAUGGCAGCCCCCAUCACCAAGUCUUGGUAUAACCAAGUAUAAGGGGUGGCAGCCCCCAUCACCCAGUCUUGGUAUAACCAAGUAUAAGGGGUGGCAGCCCCCAUCACCAAGUCUUGGUAUAACCAAGUAUAAGGGAUGGCAGCCCCCAUCACCAAGUCUUGGUAUAACCAAGUAUAAGGGGUGGCAGCCCCCAUCACCAAGUCUUGGUAUAACCAAGUAUAAGGGAUGGCAGCCCCCAUCACCAAGUCUUGGUAUAACCAAGUAUAAGGGAUGGCAGCCCCCAUCACCAAGUCUUGGUAUGACCAAGUAUAAGGGAUGGCAGCCCCCAUCACCAAGUCUUGGUAUAACCAAGUAUAAGGGAUGGCAGCCCCCAUCACCAAGUCUUGGUAUGACCAAGUAUAAGGGCUGGCAGUCCCAUCACCAAGUCUUGGUAUGA